AUGGCAGCCGAAUUCCAAGUAAUCGUCUUCGGCGAUCAGGCCGUUCCCUACCAUGCUGAACUUCAAGGUCUUGUUACAAAAAAGGAAAACAAGGCCUUGGAAGGGUUUUUUGCCGAAGCGUAUCAUGUCCUUAGAACAGAGAUAUCCCAACUGUCACCCAGCGAACGGCUAAGGUAUCCAGUUUCAACCAACCUCCGUGAACUACUGGAUGCCCACCAAUCAUCCAAAAUCCAGAACUGCUCUCUUGAUAGCGCUCUGGUCUGUGUGCGUCAAAUAGCCACCUUCAUCUCAUAUUACAGUGAAAAACAAACCGCGUACCCUUCACAGGCAUCUUCAUGUCUUGUGGGGAGUUGCACCGGCCUUCUUGCAGCAGUUGCAGUGAGCUGCAGUCAAGAUUUAAUUGACCUGGUCUCUUUCGGUCCGGCAGUUGUUAGGGUUGCAUUCAGGUUAGGACUCGUAGUCCAGAACAAGACGCGUUCAGUGUCACUGCAGAACUACUCGGGUGACUCUCCAUGCUACUCCGCGGUGAUUGCUGGGACGGAUACAGAUUCUGCACUGCGCUUGACACAAAAAUACUGUGAAGAUGAGGCACUGCCGCCUCUCGCUCAGAUUUAUGUGGGUGCAGUUGGUCAGGGCAGCGUCACGGUAUCGGGGCCUCCCGCCCGGUUGCAAGAUUUCCUCCGCCGCAACCCUUCGCUCAAAUCCGGCAAAGUUUCAGUGAAUGGGCUCUUCCAUUCAAACAAUCUUUACACAGCUAGUGAUGCCGACAACAUUUUGGAGUCGUUGGAUUCAAGCUCACAUCAACGGAUUUCUCGACUCGAUAUCCUAUCUAAUUCGAACGGGCAAACGAUUCCCUCUGUCAGAUGCGGUGGCCUGCUCAAGGAAGCUAUAUGGGACAUACUGUCUAGACAGCUGCGAUGGGAUCUCAUGGUGGAGAAUGUGUCCAUCACGAUUGCCCGCUCGGAAGCCACAGAAGCCACCAUUUUGCCUUUCGCCUCAAGCAGCGGGCAGAGUCUUGCUUCGGCAAUCCGCCAGCGUGGUGCUAAGCCAGUAAAGCUGCUCGAUACAUCGCUCAGAUCUCUAGACAGCAAUUCCUCCGAGGGCAAAAGAGAAGAAGCAGCCAAAAAGUCUAAGAUUGCUAUCAUCGGAUACUCCGGCAGGUUCCCGGAGGCAGAUGAUAAUGAAGCGUUCUGGGAGCUGCUUGCCGCCGGGCUUGACGUUCACAAGGAGAUCCCCAAGGACCGAUUUGAUCCCUGGCUAUAUUACGAUCCCACCGGAAAGAAGAAGAACUCCAGUGCAGUUACCAAAGGCUGUUUUGUCCGCCAUCCUGACCUUUUCGAUGCCCGCUUUUUUGGCAUGUCUGCGAGAGAAGCGGAGCAGACUGAUCCCGCCCAGCGACUGGCUCUGAUGACAGCAUACGAGGCGAUGGAAAUGGCAGGCUUCGUCCCAGAUGCAACACCCUCCACACGCAGAGAUCGAGUUGGUGUUUUCUACGGCACCGCAAGCGACGACUAUCGUGAGGUGAACAGUGGCCAGAACGUCGACACAUAUUUCGUCCCGGGCGGUAGCCGCGCGUUUCUCCCAGCUCGAAUCAAUUAUCAAUUCCGUUUCAGCGGGCCUUCUUUCGAUGUCGACACGGCAUGCUCCUCCGGACUAGCCGCCAUUCAUAUCGCCUGCAACUCUCUAUGGGCCAGCGACUGCGAUGUGGCCAUUGCCGGUGGAACCAACAUCCUGACCAAUCCGGACAACUGGGCUGGCCUAGACCGCGCUCAUUUCCUAUCCCACACUGGCAACUGCAAUACAUUUGAUGACGGCGCAGAUGGAUAUUGCAGAGCAGAAAGUGUAGCGACAGUGCUUCUGAAGAGGCUCGAGGACGCAGAGCUAGAUGGAGACCCAAUUUUCGGGACAAUUCUGGGAGCCUACACAAACCAUUCGGCCGAGGCCGUGUCCAUGACUCGGCCACACUCGGGUGCACAGCGCGCCAUCUUCAGCCGAAUUCUUAGCUCUGCCGGGGUCGGUGGCUCCGAGGUCAGCUACAUCGAAAUGCAUGGAACCGGAACUCAGCACGGUGAUGCUUGCGAAAUGGAUUCUGUCCUCAACGUUUUCGCUCCUGAGGGUACCAAACGAGAUCAGAGCCUGUAUCUUGGAUCGGCAAAGGCCAACAUUGGCCAUGCGGAAUCGGCUUCAGGUGUUUCAUCCCUAAUCAAGGUCCUACUCAUGAUGGAGAAGGGUUCUAUUCCCCCACACGUCGGAAUCAAGACCAAGAUCAACCGAAACUUCCCCACAGACCUCACCCAACGAAAUGUCCACAUCGCGAUGCAGACAGCUGCGUGGCCCAGACCAGAUCCAAAGCAGAAGCCUCGCGGGCGACGAGCAUUUGUCAACAACUUUGGCGCCGCUGGUGGCAACUCUUCCGUCCUCCUUGAAGACGCACCAUUACCUAUCGAGGCGCGCGGAGUGCACGAUAAUAGACCUGUACACGUCGUAACGGUCUCGGCCAAGUCUCAGACAUCUCUGAAGAGCAACAUUCGUGCACUCCUCGAGUAUUUGGAUGCCUCCCCCGAAGUCUCCAUCAGCGCACUCUCCCACACGACUACUGCGCGCCGGGUCCAUUACAGUUUCCGCGCAGCUGUCAUCGGAUCCAGUAUCCCAGAUAUCCGCCGUGCUCUCCAAGUUGCACAUGUCAAGGACCAAUAUCGGUCAACCGCAUCAGGCAGCAAGGCUCCGGUUGGAUUAUGCUUCACCGGCCAGGGCGCUCAGUACCUUGGUAUGGGUCGGAAGCUCCUUGCCUUUCCACAAUUUCGGUCGCUGCUUGCGGGCUUGGACGAGAUGGUCCAACUGCAAGGCUUCCAGUCUAUUCUUGCAGUGAUCGAUGGUAGCUCGAGCGUCUCAAUGGAGUCACUAGCCACACCAACAUUGCAGCUGGCUAUUGUUUCCUUGCAGAUGGCAUUGAGCAAGUUUUGGAAGGCGCUCGGUAUUACUCCUGAUCUUAUCAUUGGCCAUAGUCUUGGUGAAUACGCAGCGAUGAACAGCGCCGGUGUUCUUUCGGAUGCCGAUACUAUUUACCUUGUUGGUACCCGAGCAGCGCUACUAGAGAAGUUUUGUUCUGCUGGGACCCAUGUGAUGCUUGCAAUCAAAGCUGCUGCCAGCCAUGUGAUGACUUUACUUGCACAAUAUCCUAACAUUGAGGUCACUUGUGUCAAUGGCCCCGGAGAGACUGUCGUUGGCGGUCCCGAGGACGAGAUCCAGAAAUUUGAAAAGGCGCUCUCCAACAUUUCCAUUAGAGGGGACCGAGUUAAGGUGCAGUUUGCUUUCCACUCUUCGCAAGUGGAUCCCAUGCUGGAGGCGUUCCAGCAGAGCUGCCGCACCGUGGCCUUCAAUGAUCCAUCGGUCCCAAUGUUGUCGCCUCUUCUUGGAAAGACAAUCAACAGCGCUGCCGAAUUUGGUUCCCCGGAAGUCUAUCUAAGCCGUCACUGUCGAGAAACAGUUAACUUUUACGGGGCUCUUCAAUCGGCGAGGCAGUCAAGUGCUAUCCCGGAUAACAUGAUUUGGGUGGAGAUUGGACCUCAUCCUGUUUGCGGCGGCAUGCUUAAGUCCACUCUUGGUACUUCAAUCAAGCACUUCGCAAGUCUCCGCCGCGGCGAAGACGAUUGGAAAAUUUUCCUUCAAACCGUCGCUGGUUUGUACGAUCACGGUCUUCCGAUUAACUGGGCUGAAUAUCACAGCGGCUUCAAAGACAGUCUCCGCGUAUUGAGAUUACCAGCCUAUCAGUGGGAGCUGAAGAGCUAUUGGAUUCCAUACGCUCAUGACUGGUGCUUGACUAAAGGCGAUGCGCCAGCUCUAACUUCCCAGCCCGCAUUACCUGCAUCUCUCGAGAAGGUCCAGAAGCAACAGCUCACAGUAUCCGUUCAGGAUGUUGUAGACGAGAAAUACGAAUACGACAAUGCCUGGAUCACCGCAAAGUCAGAUGUUCAGCAUCCUGAUUUCCGCGCUGUCCUUUUGGGACACAGAGUCAACGGCCAGCCAGUGUCCUCUUCAGCUGUCUAUGCAGAUAUGGCUUCUACGUUAUUCAAAAGACUUCUUGAGAAAUCCCCGGUAUCCUUUGACAAAUCUGAUAUCGGGAUUGAGAUUACCAACAUGGUUGCCAACAAAUCUCUCAUUCUCAAUGAUAACCCCACCCAAAUGCUCGAGAUGAAGGCUCAAGUGAACUGGUUUACUCUGCUCGGCACGUUCUCUCUGUCCAGCAUUUCUGCCGAUGGAAAACCCACUGCCCAUCAUGCCGAGUGUACUGCGACUUUCUCGGAGAAGAGCCGGUGGGCAUCUGAAUGGAAGCGACGAGACUUCUUGGUCAAGUCCAGGAUCAAUGACCUGCGACAGGCUGUUCAUGACGACUCGGACGCAGUGCAUUUGGUCAAAACCGGCAUGUUCUACAAGCUUUUUAGCUCACUUGUAGAGUACAAUCCCUCAUUUAAGGGCUGCCGUGAGCUCAUCUUGCGAUCGUCGGAGCUAGAAUCGACAGGCAAGGUCAAGUUCAAUACUCCGCCAGGAACAGCUGAGAAAUGGACCUAUCCACCUUAUUGGCUGGACAGUCUUGGCCAAAUUACCGGAUUCACCAUGAACGCUAACGACUCGGUGGAUUCCAAGACACAGGCCUUCAUCAACCAUGGGUGGGAGAACAUGAGGAUUCUGGAGACUCUGUCCCCGGAUGUCAUGUACCAGACUUACCUCAAAAUGCAGGAAAAAGACGAAAAGUCGUACAUUGGAGAUGUCUACAUCUUGAACUCGGAAACCAGUUCGAUUGUCGCCAUGUAUGAAGGUGUUAUUUUUACUGCCAUCCAGAGGAAAGUCCUCGACCUGGUGCUUCCACCCUCUGAUGCUUCCCGGAUAUCGAAGCCACUCGCGUCUCAAUCUCAUAGUACGCCUCGGACAGCUUCUAUCCCACCUCGGCCAGCUCCUGCGCCCGCACGGUCCCAGCCUGCAUUCAUUUCUCAUGAAAACUUAUCAACGGAGCCACCCUUACUGCUGGAGCCAGAGUGUGAUGAUGGAUUGACCGCGGAUAAGCUUCGAGCCAUCAUCGCGGAAGAAGUGGGCGCGCCACUCGACGAGGUGAAAAAUGAUGUCGAGAUCACGGAUUUGGGUGUUGACUCGCUUCUCGCCCUCACGAUGUCCGACAGAAUCCUUGAAGAGCUUGACUUCAAGAUCGACUCGACCGCCUUUCUAGCUGGCAUUACUGUCAAGGAUCUUAUCGAAAUGGUUGCAGGAUCCUCGACGACUUCAUCGGACACGGCCCCUUCAACUCCGCCGAGGGAGCCAGUGCCUGACCUUGUCCCUUUACCCAAAGGGGUCGAAACACCUCUCUCGUCUCUUUCAAGUCUUGCAAAUCAAAUCUCUGACGACUUUGACUUUCAUCAACAGAAGAGUCAACCCCCAGCAUGUACGCCAUUGUCACUGGUUAUAGUACUGCAUGCCACAGUUCCCAUUCCGCAAGUCAUUCGGCGAACUGGUCAAAUACCACGCGCUACUUCAGUCCUGCUGCAGGGAAAUCCUUCGACCAGUACCAAGAUUCUAUGGCUAUUCCCCGAUGGAUCAGGAGUAGCGACUUCCUACGUUAUUCUUCCAGAUAUUGAUCCCCGCGAGGUUACGGUGUAUGGCCUGAACAGCCCAUUCAUCAAGCACCCGGAAGAAAUGAGUGAUUACCGGUUCGAAGAGCUCUCAGCUGCAUUUCUCACGGAAAUUCGCCGGCGCCAACCCAACGGGCCGUAUCAUUUGGGCGGCUGGUCCGCUGGUGGUAUUUGCGCUUACCACGCUGCUCAGCAACUUAUCACAGACGGACAGGAUGUGGAAGGGCUGAUCUUGAUAGAUAGCCCGAAUCCCAUAGGCCCGAAGAAACUACCAGAGAGACUUUAUGAUGAGUUUCAAAAGCUCAACUUAUUCUCGUCGUCUACUGGGAGAAAUCCGCCUGCGUGGCUUCUGCCGCACUUCAUGGGAUUCUCCCAUAUUCUGGAUACUCACUCGUCUCUCCCCUGGCAGUCGACAAAGCCUCUGCCAACUUGGAUCCUCUGGGCCAAAGAGGGUGUCGACCAGGAUAACUCCAUUGUGAUACAGCCAGGUGAUCCCAUCAAUAUGAGAUGGCUUCUGCAGACGCGCACAGAAUCCGACUUGGGCCCAAACGGGUGGGAUCGGCUUGUGGGACGGAGUAACAUCACGAUUGAAGUGAUUGGGGAUGCGAAUCAUUUCUCCAUGAUGAAGGAGCCUGCUGUGGGCCGAGUGGCUGAUUUCAUGCGGGCCGCAUUGAGCAACGCUAGCAGAAGUUUGUAG